AUGGUGGACGAUGCGCGAAUCGUCCUACUGGAGAAGAAGGAAGAUGAUGACCACCAGAACUGCCCUGGCUGUAACAUUGAUAGACUUAAACAAGAGCAGCGAGGCAUACCUUACAUGAACCUCUCCUUCAUCUGGCUUGUCUCCCUCUGCACCGCUCUCCCGAUAUCUUCUCUGUUUCCAUAUCUUUAUUUUAUGAUCAGAGACUUCCAUAUUGCAAAACAAGAAGAGGAUAUUGGUUUCUAUGCUGGUUUUGUUGCUUCAUCAUUUAUGAUUGGAAGAGCUCUGACAUCUAUUUUCUGGGGGAAGUUAGCUGAUAGAUAUGGUCGCAAACCUAUUAUCCUCAUUGGGACAUUCACAGUGAUCAUAUUCAAUACCCUCUUUGGUCUAAGCACAAGUUUCUGGUUUGCGAUUUCCAUUAGAUUUCUCCUUGGCUGCUUUAACUGUCUCCUCGGAGUAAUAAGGGCGUAUGCAUCAGAAGUUGUUAGUGAAGAGUAUACAGCUCUUAGUCUUUCUGUUGUAAGUACAUCUAGAGGUAUAGGACUGAUACUAGGUCCUGCUAUUGGUGGCUAUCUUGCUCAGCCCGCAGAAAAGUACCCAAAAAUCUUUUCCCAGAGUUCAGUUUUUGAGAGGUUUCCAUAUUUUCUGCCGAGCUUGGUUAUAUCAGUCUAUGCUACUGGAGUUCUCAUCGCUUGUUGGUGGCUUCCUGAAACACUUCAUACGCGUUGUAGAGUUGCACAAGAUAGGUUUAAUCCAGAUGGACCUGGAUAUUCACCAAAUGAGGUAAACAAUGAUGAAAACGGAGAAGAAGGAUGUGGUGACCAGAAAAUAAAAAGUGAGGGAAGUCUCAUGAGGAAUCGUCCAUUGAUGGCUGUCAUCAUUGUGUAUUGUGUUUUUUCCCUCCAAGAGAUCGCUUACUCAGAGAUAUUCUCACUCUGGGCUGUCAGCGACAGAAGCUAUGGAGGAUUGAGCUUCUCAUCUCAAGAUGUUGGUGAAGUUUUAGCUAUAUCAGGACUUGGGCUUCUGGUGUUUCAACUCCUGGUAUACCCACCGUUGGAGAAAACCUUUGGACUCCUUGUGAUUAUCCGUCUUUCUGCGUUCAUGUUGAUACCCCUGCUUUCUUGUUACCCUUCUAUAGCUAAGCUUUCUGGGGUGGCACUCCAUUUAGUGAUAAAUUGUGCAUCCAUCGUCAAAAAUGCUUUGUCUAUCUCUCUUGUUACAGGAUUGUUUAUCUUGCUGAACAAGGCUGUGCCUCAGAGUCAGAGAGGUGCUGCUAAUGGAAUUUCUAUGACUGCAAUGUCUAUUUUCAAAUCAUUUGGGCCUGCUGGUGGAGGUGUCUUAUUCUCAUGGGCGCAAAAGAGACAAGUAGCGACUUUCCUUCCAGGUGAUGAGAUGGUGUUCUUUGUGUUGAACUUGGUGCAACUCGUUGGAUUGAUUCUAACGUUCAUACCUUACAUUUCCCACAUACAAUGA